GGUUAAUGUACCUCAAGGAAACAGAGAAUGGAGGAAAAAAGAUCCUUCUUGCUAAUAGUGACUUGGUUUUCCAAAAUAAAUCGAAUGAGUCAAAUUUAAAUAAAAUUCAAGAACUGAGGUUUUAUAUUCCCAUAUCAAAUGCAGACAGUAAAACAUUAUCCAGCUUUUAUUAUCAAAAUGAAGUUGGAGCCUUUAGUAAUAGAAAGAAAAUCGUUGCUGAAAUUCCAAAUAAAUAUGAAGGAAUAUCCCGAAAGCAAAGAAAAAUAGAAGCUGAAUCUAGUCCUAUAUUUCAGGAUAUAGAAGAUUGCUACCAAGGCGAUUUUUGGAGAAAUAAGAAUGAGUCUAAUAUAACUGAGCACAACAUUCUCUCUGGAAAAUCCCAAAAUAUCAUACUUAACUGUUCAAACAUAAAAGAAAGCAACACUAAUUUUAGGAAGACUGUUAAGGACAAUAAUUUGAAGAACUUUACAACAAAGAUGUCUUUCUAUAAAACCAAAAAGGGAGAUGGUAUUAUCAAGAAUCUCUCAUUCCAACCUUCAAUAGCUAAUCUUAAUGAAGAAAUAUCCCCGAAGAUGGAGGUCCCUAAUAUUUACUUUGAAUUAAAUGACAGAAAGCUAAAAGCAUUUACUGAGAAAUAAAAUAAAACAAAGAAUAAAAUGAGUAUCUCCUGAACUUUACAGAAGCUCAAUGAAUGAUAAUAACAUUAAGCUAAAGCUUCAUAUUUUGCA